AAGCGCGCCAAAAUACGUGCAGAAAGGGACUCGGGUUCGCAAUGAUAGAUCAAAGAAAGUUGGUUAUUGUAUAAGUACGUGUUACAGAAAUUUGUAUCAAAAAUGCCAUUAAUAAAAAAACCUAUGCGAUAUGCACAUCCAGAAGGACAUACGGACGUUUGUUAUUUUACCGGUGAAAAGAAAGGCCUUAUUACUUGUGGAUCUGAUGGAGAUGUUCGAUCCUGGUUAAAUUUAAUGGAUGAUGAUCCAGCUGCAAGUUGUGUUUCAGAACAAUCUAUAUCAGUAAUAUCAAAGAAUGGAAAAAUAUUUGUUGGCAAUGACAACAAUACAGUACAAAUACUUAAUUAUCCAGAUCUCGAGAAAGAAGGGAUAGUUACUAGAUUCUCAGCCCCUGUAUCAGCAUUAGCAACAACAAAAAACAGCAAUAUUAUAGUAUCAGGAUCUUGUGAUAUGAGAAUACAAGUCACCAAUAUCACAACAUCACAUAACAUAGAGCUCUUAGGUCAUGAAGCUCCUAUAUUAGGUUUAUCCUUGGAUCCUAAAGAGGAGUUUGUGGCAUCAUCAAGUGCAGAUGGAUCAGUACGAGUAUGGAAUAUUAAAGAAAAACGUGUUGCGCAUAUUUGGAAUAACAUUGUACCCAAAUGCAACUCAUUUUUUACAGCAAAAGCUUACUGUAUGCCCUCGUUUCAAACUAAAGAUGGAAGUUGCCUUGCAUAUCCAUAUAUGAAAGAUGUAGUUGUAGUAGAAAGAUCUUCUUGGAAAGAAUUAUUUCAUUUGAAGUGUAUUAAUAUAAAAGCUGAUGUUAGUAUUUGUAAAUUUUCUGAAUGUGGUACAUUCCUAGCUGCGUGCACUGUAAAUGGAGAAAUAAUUGUUUGGAAUGUAAAAAGCAAAGGAUUGAUCGGCUAUAUGGAACACCAACAAAAUGCUAAAAUUACUUCGUUAUGCUGGAGUAUCGAUGAGCCGGAUGAAAUUGCAUUUUGUGAUUUUUUAGGCCAAUUAGGAUGCGUCGAUGUGAUAAUAUGUGAAUAUCCUGCAAGUAGUAUCGAAGAAAGUUUAGAAACAAAUGGAGAUGUUAAAGAUAAUGAAGUUUGUAUGCCAGAUGAAGAUGAUGAUGAUGGGGAAAAUGUUAUAUCAUUAAAUAAAAUUAAAGACUCUGUGCAUCUUGAAGAUGAUCAACAAAGUUAUUCUGAUACAGAAUCUGUAAAACCGCAAAAUGCAAAUGUCUUUGGUCCUGAAAUUCAUUUGCAACCACCAUUUCAACCUAGCUCCUCUCCACUACACUUGUUAUCUCGUUUCAUGGUUUGGAAUGAUACUGGUAUGGUGAGAUGUUUUACUUCUGAAGAUGGAAGCGAAUCUAGUAUUGAAGUUGAAUUUCAUGAUGUAACAAUCCACCGUAGUAUGCACAUUAGUAAUUAUUUAAGACAUACGAUAGCAGCUUUAUCACCACAAGCACUUGCAUUAAACUGUCCAACGAGUACUGAUACAAAAAGCAGGCUUGUUGUAAUAACAUUGCAAGGCUGGGGCUCCGGGAACAAGGAGUGGUUUGUAGAUCUCGCUGAAGAUGAGGAAGGACAUUGUAUUGCGUGCGGUGAUAACUUUGUAGCACUUUCAACAUCUAGGAGAAAUUUAAGACUUUUUACACCGGGAGGCACUCAACGCGAAAUCAUAGCUUUGCCCGGUCCUACAGUUGCAAUGAACGGACUUGGGAAUGCUUUGGUAAUUGCUUAUCAUAAUGGAAUAGGAGCAUCGGGCGAUCAAUGUAUGAGUUUAUUAUGGAUACAAAUUCAUAAACUAACUUUACAUAGUCGAACGCUAUCUCUUCCACUGUCACCUUUGUCCGAACUUAUGUGGUUAGGGCUUUCCGAUCUUGGAUCUCCCGUUGUAAUGGAUACUGAUGAUGUUAUCAAAGUGUAUAGUAAAAGCUCGUCUUUAUGGAAAGUUACCAAUAACAUAAAUGAACAGUCCAAGGGUAAAGCAGAUCAUUACUUCUUAAUUGGGAUAAACGAACAACAAAGUAUUCUUCGCUACGUUUUAUGUAAAGGAAGUCAUUAUCCGCCAACUACUCCACGUCCUGUAGUUGCGGAAGUAUCUUUAAUUCCGCCGCUUUGUGAACUCGAAAGCGAAAAGUCUAAAAACGAAUUAAAAUUAUGGAAAUUGAGAAGCGAUCCUUCGGAGGAAAAUGAAGCAGUGUUGGCUCUUUUCGCGCUUGCUUGUCGAAGUAAUUUGGAAUAUCGAGCGGUAGAACUGUGCGAACAAAUUGCAUCCGAGACAGUCAUAGAAUUGGCAAUCAAGUAUGCACGAAGAAUAAAUCAAGUAGCUUUGUCAAACAAAUUAGAAUCAAUUAUUGACGCAAAGGAAAAUGAAAAGGAGAAGGAAAAAGAAGACGAAGACACUAAUGUAGAUGAUAUCAAAAGUGACGACGAGUUUUUAAGUAAUGACAUCGAAGAACCCACGCUGUCGUUAAAUAUUCAGAAAAAGCCAGAUGUUGAGAUAAAGCCGUUAUCAAUGACCGAAGCUUUAUCAAUGAAAAGAAAUAAUCCAUUUUUGAAGAGUGGAAAUUCUCCAGCAUCAAAAGGAUUGGCUGGUUUAGAUAUUACCCCAGAUAAGUCGCAAAAGUUAACACCAAUUCCAGUAAAACCAAAGACAAAAGAUUCAAAAAGUGCAUUAAAAAGAGAGACAUUUAUUGGUUGGUACGCAAAGAACAAGAAAAGUUUACAGGAAGAAUUUCCCGAAUUAAGUUCCGCUGAUUUGACAAAAACGGCUUUAGCAAGAUACAAGGAAAAAAAUGCAGCUUCUCAAAACAGUAGCCCUUUGGAAUCGAAGAAAAGGAAGUUGAGUUCCGAGAAUGAGCAAAACAAUGAACCGAAACGAGCUUCGAGUAAACUACUCAGCUCGUUUGCAUUUACAAAAUAA